UUUUGUGAUUAUAAAUACACUUUUUCCUCCAAAUUAGAAGAUCACAAGCUCCAGUACAAAUUUACACUGAAAAGCUCAAGCUCUAAUCAGAAGAACUUCCAGUACAUAUUUUCAGUCCAUAAAUCAGCGAUUCUUUUGAACAUUUUAUGCAAUGUAGCUAGCGGCGAUAAAUGACAAAUUAAGACUAGAAUUUUACUUAAAAGAAGAGAAAAACGCUCAACAGGGCAGGAAACAUUUGCGGAAAGAGAACCAGUAAAUGAUGCUGCUUCCGAACGACGAUGGGCUGAAGGCCGAAAUAAAUAGUAAUGGGUCAUGUAAAGAAGCAACACACAGAUCUGAACCGUUAUUUCUUUUCCUCACAGAUGGUGCCUGAUUUGGCGAGUAUCCCAGAUUUUUUCCGUGUUUUUAUUUCAGACUUCUACUUCUUUGGGGUUUGAUAGAUUAUCGAGAUGCUCAAAUUUAAGUGAAGCACCAAGAAGGGCCAGUGCAAGUUACCUGACUCGAUAAAUGAUACUUCAUAUAUUGCAGGGAUCUCAGUAACAGCUUCCGGCGAGCUACAUCAAGCGGGAGAGGGUUUGCAGCGCCACAAGGCAGCUCUUCGCGUGGAUGACGUUCGUUGAAAAGGGCUAGGCCCCUUCUGGGUGACGUCAGCUACUGGUUAUUAAACGGUUCUGCACCGCCCCGCUCGAGAGAGCUGGAGUGGGAGAAGGAAGAGGAGCCUGAACUCGGCUCAUCCAUCCAAACAUGGUCGGCUUCUCAGCCUGGUUUUGGAACGAGAGGUUCUGGCUCCCUCACAAUGUCACUUGGGCCGAUCUCAAGAACACGGAUGGCGCCGAAUACCCUCAGGCCGCUGAUUUGUACUUCGCUUUCCCGCUGGCAAUCGGCAUAUUCCUCGUCCGCCUGGCGUUCGAAAGGUUUAUUGCCAAACCAUGUGCCUUGACCCUUAGAAUCCAAGCAAAUGGACCACGCAGAGCACAGCCCAAUGCUAUUCUAGAGAAAGUCUUUACGUCAAUUACAAAGUGUCCUGAUGAGAAAAGGCUCGAAGGUCUGUCCAAGCAGCUCGACUGGGAUGUCCGCAAAAUUCAACGCUGGUUUCGACAUCGAAGAAACCAAGAUAAACCCAGCACGCUCACAAAAUUCUGUGAGAGCAUGUGGAGACUUGCAUUUUAUUUCUAUAUAUUCUUCUAUGGAGUGAGAUUUCUAUGGAAGGCUCCCUGGUUCUGGGACACACGACAUUGCUGGUACAACUACCCAUAUCAGCAACUGGUAUUUGACAUGUAUUAUUAUUACGUAAUGGAGCUGUCAUUCUACUGGUCACUGAUGUUUUCACAGUUUACAGAUAUUAAAAGAAAGGAUUUCCUCAUUAUGUUUCUCCACCACCUUGCAACAGUUGGAUUAAUCACGUUUUCUUACGUCAACAACAUGGUGCGGGUUGGAACACUCGUCAUGUGCCUUCACGAUGCAUCUGAUUUCCUUUUAGAGGCUGCUAAAUUAGCCAAUUACGCCAAGUAUCAAAGACUUUGCGACACACUAUUUGUGAUGUUUGGUUUUGUCUUCGUCAGCAGUAGACUUGGCAUUUACCCAUUCUGGAUUUUAAAUACAACACUUUUUGAAAGUUGGGAGAUCAUUGGGCCAUACCCAUCCUGGUGGAUCUUCAACAUUCUGUUGCUGCUACUACAGGUUCUACACGCUAUCUGGUCAUAUCUUAUUAUACGUGUUGCAUACAAAGCUGUCGUUAAGGGAAAGUGGGACCUUUUGCUUGUCUCCAAGGAUGAUCGCAGUGACAUUGAGAGCAGCUCCGAUGAUGAGGAUUCCAUGACUAAUGGCACAAAACUCCACCACUACAGCCCUUGCAAAGGUGCCACCAAUGCCAAUGGAACCAACGGGCACCUAACCACUGGAACAUGGGUGGGAGACCAUUAGAUGGUGUCCUCAUGGACUACGUAAUGUGGGUUAAGUGCAGAAAGGACGACCGUAAUGGAAAACUACCCUGCACUGGACAGUUUUUAAAAAUGAUAAAAAAUGAACUGUGUGUUGCUGCAUGGGAUCUGAGCCAGCCUACCUGCCUGCUCAGUAACAAACCGCCCAGGCACUCUGAUUUACUUUCUCUCUGUUUGUGCUUUAGCAAUGUGAGAAAUUGAAGUGCAGUUUUAAAUCAGGAGGAUGGAGCCACACUGUGGAUUCUGUUGUCCCAUUCUCCCAUCUUCCCUCUUCCCACUUCCCAUUAAACCACCUGCACUGCUUUAAAUGGGCUUUGUGCAAUUUGUCGAAUUGCUAAAGGUGGAGUUUACAUUUCAGGCUGGUGUUCUUGUUGUGUUAUAUUUUUGUGAUUUUUUUUUUGCGGGGGUGGAUUGUUGGAAUGGAGGCACGUGAGUGAGGCCGAAGACCCUGGAAUUGAACUGUGGGGAUUGUGUGAUCAGUUUCAGGUGAUGGGUGUUCAAUUAAGUGGCCUGGGAAUGCGGGGAACUUGGGGUAGAAUGGCAUCCGUGCCGGAAUUUUUCCCAUCCCUGGCACAGGUAUUUUUAUAUAAAGGAACUGAAUAGUUUGCUAAAUCCGAAGAAUCAGGAGAAGAAUGGGUCAGGGGUCCGAAUUGUCAUUUUUGUGAUGUCAUUCCACUGUUGACUAAAUGUUGAAACAGGUUUUGUGUGUGUGUGUGUGUGUGUGUGUGUGUCUGUCUGUCUGUCUGUGUCAGGGGGAGGGAGAAUGGAACCCCUUUGGAAAUUCCUUCUGACCAUCUAUAUGGGGUGGUCAGUUAUCCAUUAAACUGAGCUUUUUUUAUUUUAAAAGGGAGCAUGUUGGAAAGUGUUUUAAUCUACUACUUGUGUUGCUGAAUCCCUGGGAUUGAAACUUCUCCAGAUUUCACUGCAAUAACAGUUAAAUAUGUCUGUAGGGGAUUGUUUUCAGGAAGAAUUUGCAUGGAACUGUUCCAAAAUGGUUUGUUUACAAAUUGCAGAGUUUAUCUUUUUUUAAAAAAAAAGGGCACUCCAGCUGUGUCAACUACUUCCUAAAAGGAAACGGUGGUCUUUUUAACCAAUGAAACUGUCAGAUGCUGAAGCUGACUUGAGGUUAAGUGAUUACAUUAUAUAUCACAGCUAACAGUCUUGAUUCCCCCCCCACCCCGUAAAAUUUUAAAUAGGGAUUUUGGUGUCUUUUAUGUAUGGUAUAUAAUUCCCACAAAUGGCUUUGUUGGGCUGGAGCCAGGAGAAUGAGAGAGUGUGCUAGUGCUUGCAAGCUCCUGCUGUUAAAGGCACCUAUAAAACAAUUGCUUCAGCUAACAGCUUUUGAAAUCCUCUUUAGUCCACUUCUGUACUUUCUCCACAACCUACUGCUCAGAUGAGGCUGAGCUCAAACUGAUUGGUGGUUGGCUGGUGGAUUGAAUUGCUACCCUGGUGCUAUCACUCCUCACCAAAUCUAAAACGGUUGGGUAAAUCCAAAUUAAAUUGGCCCUGAAUUGAAUUAGGACUGAAGUCUAACAAAAACUAGGCAUCUAUCCAAAGAUAUUUUUUGUUUUUUUUUUGUCAACUCUUGUUCGUAGCUGGACUAUCCCAUUCACUCACACCUACAGUCCACACCACAUUAUGUGCCCAUGAAGAGUGGAACCUUGAUGUGAAAGCCUCUGAGUGUGCCACAAUGAUAGCUGUGGAUGGGUGUGGUGCACCAAGCCUGCUCAUCCUCCAUAGCCUGAACUCCUGACAGUAAUCACUGCUGCUGCCUGUCCUGGAGCCUUAGAUUGUAAAACUGCAGAUCCCCUUUAACACUCUGGAAAAUUUCCUGUGUAGGUGCAAGAGCCAAAAUAGUCAAAUCAAUGAUGUGGGUUAAAAUGUUGAGCUGACCUGAUCAAGAUUUAUUUUGGAACAGUUUCUGCAGUGGGUUUGUGUGGGGAGGCUGUUGGUAGCUAGAGUGCUUUCUGUUUUGGAUGUGAACUGAUUUUUGUUGUUGCUUUCUGCAAUUUGAACUCAGUAGAAAAGAUCUUAAUGUGGAAUGACCUUAAAGGUGACAGUUUGGACUCUUUUGAAGGACUUUCUGUAGCAAAACAAGUGGUUACAUGGCAGUAAGUUCUGUGCUGUUUGACCCGCAAACAAUUGUUGGAAUCUGCCCUAAAUCCUUUCAAUGUAGUGUUCUUGCUGGCUGAUUAGCAGAGGGUCAUGGAAGAUGCCGUGAAACCAUGUAACCCUUGGUCAGAGCCUGAACUGACCAUUGUUUUUCUUACUUGCAUUUCUUGUUGAGGCAGAACUUUAAUAUUUAGUGUGUUCAGGACAAGACUGUUUAAAGUCCUUUGUAUAAUCCAGCAUUGUAAACUACAGGAUUGCUUUUUUUUUUGUUUAGCAGUCACAUUCAUGAGCAUCACAAUGAUUUUUGUUUUAUUUUAAUCUUCAUUAUGGGGUACAACAUGAAUGUUUUUAAAUUGCUAUUCCACAGUUGCCCUGCCCUUUCAGACUUGUGGAGGAAGCUGUAUGCUGAGCCCAUAGCAUCUUGCUCCGGGUGUUUGUGUAGCAAACUUUGUAUCUUGAACUGUUGAGUAAUAAAGGUGGGCCACCUCGUGAUUUGUUUAAUGGAGAGAUGGGAGGGUCACGAGAUUGCAGUUGAGAGCAUUUGAAUUCUGUAAUGUAAAACUUGAUGUGAACAUACUACAUUUUCACUUGAAAGGGCACUAGUGAAGGUAACAUCGCCCACUCUGGAUCAGUUCAGAGUCACAAGAGUCUGGAAAAAUUGGGUUGUAGCCGGUCAGAGGGAAUGUUACUGUGUGCAUAAGUGUAUUUGGUGUAAAGUACUCCAAUUACUUGCCUUCAAGAUAAUGAUAUCCAUACAGAAGCAGUCUUGCACUGUCAGGUUUUUGUGUACAGCAGGCCCAAGGAGAGUUUUUGAUCCCUGGGUCAUUCUGAGGCUUUCUACUUUGGCCUUUCUAAUGCUGAGCUCUUAAACCCAAUCCAUCAGGCACAUAAUUGAACUAGUCUGGCUGGUGCUGACUAGACACAAUGAAGAUUCUUUGAAGCAAAAGGGAGCUUUAACUUUGUAAGCUGUCAUUUGGGAGGAAGAGAAAAUUGUAUUUCCACCACCUCUCAAACAUGGGCAUGCCUCAGAAGUGCAUGUGUGAGUUCUCUGAUAAAGGCAAAUGAAGUUGUUUAUUGCUGCACAUGACUGAUCAAAUAAUGAGAACAAUGAAUUACUGUGUAUAUUCCACAAGUUUCUUCACUACCCUUUUAACUAUUGAGAUUGUGUGAACUCUAUUCACUUUUGUUAUCCCAUUCUAGUUGAAUAUCAUGACUUCCUCUGCUGAUCAGCUCAGCCAGGCUGGGUCUCUGUUUGGUUUCUCUUUAGCUUGUGGAAGUGGCAGAGGGGGUAUAAUGGAAACAUAUACCUUGUUUAUUAUACAAAGUGGACAUUGCUCCAGGAAUUCGAUCCAGCCACUUUUUAAAAAAAAAUAGCUCCAACAUGUGUUGUUAUAAUGGGGUGGAUUUGGAUGUUUUUUUUUACAUUACACAGACCUGGAUGCUAGCUGUCCUUUACAACAAUGUGCACAGGCUGGAAAAGCUGGGCUGAAGUUGAGACUGAUGGAUUCUCUAACUGUGCUUGGAGAAUUACUGGAAUACACAAAGCUUACAACUGCAAACUGGAUCUCAUUUUGAAAAAGGUGAAUUUGUGUAAUAAUCCUUCAUGAAAGGAUUUGCAAUUUAUAUUAUUCCCUUGAAUGGACAGACUCUUAACUUUUGUAAUGCUCUGCUGGACUAGUCAUAUUAAAGUAUGAGAUCACUGUAUGAGAUGUGUAAAGUUGACCUACUAUUUGCUUGUUAUAAUGUUGAAUACGUUUCUUGGUUAGAUAUCUGUGGUUUGGCCCUGCAUCUCUACAGCAAUUAUUUUAUCCUCGGUUUUGCAGCCCUAAGUGCCAUCUCUUACACUGGUUUGGACCUUGCCAAGGCAGCAGUGUCUGAUUUUGUUUAAUUGAUCAAAGAAUGGAAGAAUCCAGUAAGAAUGGAGCUACUUGUUUUUUUAAAAACACCAGUAACUUGUUUGGUAACCUUGUCACCUGAUGUACAACAGAAGUGUACAAAGUAGGAAAUCCCAGAGUUGAUCACCAGUGUAGGAGAUUUGCAAAAGUUGAUACCUUCAGGGGUCUUGGAGCAAAUGGCACCACUCACUGAAACACAGUUUCUGUUUUGAGGUGGUUUUUGAUACUCUAGGUAGGCACUCCCUUGUGGUGUGAAUGAUUGGGGAGGGGUGGAGAAAUGAUGGGGUUCGUUCUGUUGGACAUGCAGCUCCACCCGUGUUGAACUGUUUAUAUUGCUGUAGAAUGCUACUUUGCAGCUUUGUGCGCAAUUCAGCCCAUUUCUGCAUUGCAGAUGCUAGCUUUUGUUCAGUCUUGGCCAGGCUGUCAAACGAUGGAAAAUGGAGGAUUUUUUUGGGCUCCACACUGCCUUCUGAGCCAAACACCCCAAUGACUAGAUCUAAGUGGCUUUAGCAACAGGAGUGAUUUAGGGGAGGGGGUGGAGGACAACCUUGUUAAUUACAGUACCAAAAUUGCCUUGCAUUUUAAAUCAAUGCAUCAAACUUUCUGUCAAUACAGACUCGUCGUUUGCACAGUGACAAGCUGUGGAUGUGUUGGUGGAAGUUCUUGUUAAUUCUGUUUUUUUUUACUGGAUACAUUGCAAUAAAAAUGUUGAAUAUUUAAAAUGGAAUCUUUCCACUUUAUUUCUGCUCUCAGUAGUACACUUAAUCACACUCUUAGUGCUUUUAGUCAGCUCACAGAAAGACAGUAAUUUAAGCAAUUUCAGAAUCUGACAUUUAGAGAGUAAAGCACAAGAGACUGCAGAUACUGAAAUCUGGAGUGGAAAGACAAACUGGUGGAGGAACGCAAUAGCUCAGGAGCAGAUGAAGGGUCUCAGCCCAAACUGUCAACUGUCCAUUUCCCUCCAAGAUGCUGCCUGACCUGCUGAGUUUUACCAACAGUUAAAGGAUAACCCCGACUUCAUUUACAGUGAGAAGAACUUCAACUUUUUAAAAAAAUUACAUUUACCCAUUGGGACUUUUGGGCACAAGAACAGAAGAGACAUCCUUUGCACUUGCUCAAAGUAGUCAGAGCUCUUUGUGAUAACUACCUGUUCACUUUGUUAGACCUUUCGGACACCAACUCCCCUACGAAGCUGGGUCCAGCAUCAAACUUUUUCCCUGGGGAUUGUUGCUCCAGCAUGAUAGUGAUUCAAACUUUUGGGGCAUUAAUAAAAGUAACAUCCUCAUUCAGAAAGUUGUGGGGGAGGGAGUGAGAACGAUGUGGUUUAAAAUGAGCUGAAAUCUCAUGGAGUGACCAUUUUGAGGUCAAAGAGCUUGUGCUCAAGGGCCAAGUGCAGAGUCUGACAAGGAGGUUGAGUGCCAAAUAGGGCAUUGUCUUCUACGUCAACUCACUAUUCACUUCAGCGGUAGGAGUGGCUGUCAGGGGAGUGGUGGUCACCUCCUGUGUGAUGGGAGAAGUUGGGUGUCCCUGACAACCAUACAUGAAGUACGUGCAGCUGCUGUUCCCCUCCAACCCUAUGACUAGACUGCAACUGAGCAUAACUUGCGAUAUCAUGUUGCAGUUGUACAAGACAUUGGUUAGGCUGCACUUGGAAUAUUGCAUGCAUCUCUGGUCACCAUAUUAUAGAAACUUAGUACUGAUUAGAGUUUUUGUUGCAAGGAGGGAUGGGUUUGCUCUCACUCACUGGAAUGUAAGGAAUCUUGGAGUGGGGUAACCUUGUGUCCCUCAUUUUAUAAACCUUUAAGGUGAGAUGUUUUCUCCCCCAAAGGUUAGUAAGUCUAAGUUGAGGGGAAAAGUUUAAAGGGGAUCUGAGAAUCAACUUGUUCCACAGAGUGGUGGUAUAUGGAAUGAGCUGGCAGAGGAAGUGGUAGAGGCAGAUACAAUAACAUUUAAAAGGGGGAUAUGGACAGAUAGGAUGAGCAGAGAUAGGAGCAUGGAUGGGUUGGGCCAAAGAGCCUGUUUCUGUGCUGUUUGACUCGAUGUGUUUGUGACACAAAUCCUCGCUGUUCAUUAUCAGUUUUACUGCUCUUCUAAUUCCAUCUAUUGUAUGCACUGUGUUGACAAGGUCUCUACUGUGGGCCUUUCCAGAAUAUCACCAUUCAGUCUGCAAACAUUACCCCAGUUGCUAUCUCUCGAAUUCUCCAUCCUAAUCCCCCUCCAAAUGAAACCAUUAUAGUGCAGCUCAAAGCUCACGUAAGUAACAGUACAUGUUCUAAGCACAUUACAACAUAACUCAACAUCAAAUCAUCUAUCAUCACUGCUCCAGUUUGUUUACCUCUUCACCUGUAUUUGCCUUUGAUCUUUAUUUAUGCCCUCCCUGGCCAGCCUCAGGGUGGUUAGCUCGCUGUCGUCUAGGGAAAUAGCCCACGGCCCCACCAAACUGGGUAAUAGUUUGUGUGGAUGCUGUGUGAUGUACCCCGUCCCACCCAAAUAACAGACAAUACACCAAAUACAAUUAAAUGAGUUAGUUUGUAGAUAAUACUGGAACUAUAUAAUUAAUGGAUAAAAUAUAAAAGGCACCACACUUAUCAAAGUUCAAUCUCUUCGUGCACAAACAGUUGGAGCUCAGGACCCUCCUCCUUCACCCUGUGACCCCUCAGACCAACUCGACCUGCCGCCUGGGACCAACAAUGGUGGUCGACUUGAUGCUCCACAUGAGUCCAUCUCCGUCUCCUCACCGGACACCCUGGACCUUGGACUCCUGCUCGGGGUCUGACCCCCUUAGCAGACUCUCAGCAGCUGGUCUAUUCUCUCUCUC